UCCGGUUAAAUGGCGGUCGCGCGCGCCGGCGCCGGUUGUCAGCAUGUGGCGUAGCGGUGGGAGGGCAGGGCUCGCCUUGAGGAGGCUGCGGCUGAGCCGAGGUGCUAUCCAUGGAGCCCGGAGGUGGGAGAGCACUGCCUGCCAGCGAGCACUACGCUACCAUGUUGGAGAGCAGAUCCACAGCUUCACUGUGCGCCAGGUGACGCCUGUCCCCGAGCUGUUCCUGACUGCAGUGAAGCUCAGCCAUGAGGGCACCGGGGCCCAGUACUUACACCUGGCGCGGGAGGACUCCAAUAACCUGUUCAGCGUGCAGUUUCGCACCACCCCCAUGGACAGCACAGGUGUGCCCCAUGUCCUGGAGCACACAGUUCUCUGUGGCUCUCAGAAAUACCCUUGCCGAGAUCCUUUCUUCAAGAUGCUGAACCGGUCCUUGUCGACGUUCAUGAACGCCUUCACAGCCAGUGACUAUACUAUGUACCCCUUCUCCACGCAAAACCCCAAGGACUUCCAGAACCUUCUGUCCGUGUACCUGGAUGCCACCUUCUUCCCAUGCCUGAGGGAGCUGGAUUUCUGGCAGGAAGGAUGGCGGCUGGAGCACAAGGACCCCCAGGACUCCAAGACUCCCCUGAUCUUUAAAGGCGUCGUCUUUAAUGAGAUGAAGGGCGCAUUUACAGACAACCAGACCAUCUUCUCGCAGCACCUGCAAAAUCAGCUUCUGCCCGACCACACCUAUGCGGUGAUCUCAGGGGGUGACCCCCUCUGCAUCCCUGACCUCACUUGGGAGCAGCUGAAGCAGUUCCAUGCCACGCACUACCACCCCAGCAAUGCUAGAUUCUUCACCUACGGCAACUUCCCACUGGAGCGGCAUCUGCAGCAGAUCCAGGAGGAGGCGCUGAGCAAGUUUCAGAAGAUCAAGACCCUCACUGCUGUGCCUGCACAGAAGCACUGGGACAAGCCGAGAACAUCCAAAAUCACAUGUUGCCCAGAUGCCCUGGCUGCGGACGCCUCCAAGCAGACCACUGUCAGUGUCAGCUUCCUCCUGCCACAAAUCACCGACAUCUCAGAGGCCUUCACACUGAGCCUGCUGUCCUCGCUCCUCAUCAGCGGCCCUAAUUCCCCCUUCUACAAGGCCCUCAUCGAGUCAGGGCUUGGCAGCGACUUCUCUCCUGAUGCCGGGUACAGUGGCCACACCCGGGAGGCCUACUUCAGCGUGGGCCUGCAGGGCAUUGCAGAGGAGGACGUGGACAAGGUCUGCAGCAUCAUCGACAAGACCAUCGAAGAGGUGGCCGAGAAAGGUUUCGAAGAUGACCGCAUUGAGGCUCUGCUCCAUAAACUCGAGAUCCAGAUGAAGCACCAGUCUGUUAGCUUUGGGCUCGCCCUGACCUCGUACAUAGCGUCCUGCUGGAACCACGAUGGGGACCCCGUGGAGCUCCUGAAGCUGGGGGACCAGAUGACCCAGUUCAGGCAGUGCCUCAAGGAAAACCCAAAGUUCUUGCAGGAAAAAGUGAAACAGUACUUUAAGAAUAAUCCACACAAGCUGACACUGUCUAUGAAGCCGGAUGACAAGUACAAUGAAAAGCAGAUGCAGAUGGAGACGGAGAAACUGAAGCAGAAGGUGGCGGCACUGUCCCCACAGGACAAGCAACAAAUCUAUGAGAAAGGUUUGAUUCUGCAGACGGAGCAAAGUGAACCCCAGGAUGCCUCCUGUCUCCCUGCUCUCAAAGUGUCAGACAUCACACCUACGCUCCCUCGCACUGAGGUGCAGGUGGGCCUGGUAGCAGGAGACACGCCUGUGCAGUACUGCCCACAGCCCACCAACGGGAUCAUCUAUUUCCGGGCCUUCUCCAGCCUCAACUCCCUGCCCGAAGAGCUUCGGGCCUAUGUGCCACUCUUCUGCCGCACACUCACCAAGCUGGGCUGUGGCCUCCUCAACUACCGGGAACAAGCACAGCAGAUCGAGCUGAAGACGGGGGGCAUGUCUGUGUCCGCCUCUGUGCUUCCUGAUGAUUCAAACCUGGACACUUAUGAGCAGGGUGUCCUCUUCUCAUCCCACUGCCUGGAGCGCAACCUGCCAGAUAUGAUGCAUCUCUGGACCGAGAUCUUUAAUAACCCCUGCUUUGAGGAGGAGGAGCGUUUCCGAGUGCUGGUGAAGAUGGCGGCGCAGGACCUGGCCAGUGGUGUCCCUGACUCUGGCCACCUCUACGCAUCCAUUCGGGCAGGCAGGACCCUGACGCCUGCUGGGGACCUGCGGGAAACCUUUGGAGGCAUGGACCAGGUGAGGCUGAUGAAGAAGGUGGCGGAGAUGGUGGACAUGCAGCCGGUGUUGAAGAAGCUCCCACGCAUCCAGAAGCACCUCCUGAAUGGCGAUGACAUGAGGUGCUCCAUAAAUGCUGCCCCGCAGCAGCUGGCUCAGACAGAGAAGGCGUUGGAGACCUUCCUCCGGGGCCUGGGCCGGAGCCGUCGGGAACGGAAGCCCACAGCGCGCCCGCAUCUGGUGGAGAAACCGUCCCCCAGAGGAGCUGGUGGGAGCACACACAGCAGUAGUUCCCAGAUCGUCAGAAAGCUGGUGACGGACCCCAGUUUCAAACCCUGCCAGAUGAAGACACACUUCGUGCUGCCCUUCCCCGUUAACUACGUGGGCGAGAGCGUGAGAACCGCCCCGUACACGGAUCCCGACCACGCCAGCCUGAAGAUCCUCGCACGCCUGAUGUCGUCCAAGUUCCUGCACACGGAGAUCCGGGAGAAGGGAGGGGCCUAUGGGGGUGGAGCUAAGCUCAGCCAAGGAGGAAUCUUCACACUCUACUCGUACAGGGACCCCCACUCCAUUGAGACACUGCAGAGCUUCGCAAAGGCUGUGGAUUGGGCCAAGGCAGGGCGCUUCUCCCAGCAAGACAUCGAGGAGGCCAAGCUGUCCGUGUUCUCAGCUGUCGAUGCACCUGUGGCUCCUUCAAGCAAAGGCAUGGACCACUUCCUGUAUGGGCUGUCAGACGCCAUGAAGCAGCUCCACCGUGAGCAGCUCUUCGCAGUCACCUACGAGAGCCUGGUUCAUGUCAGCAGCAAGUACCUGGGCGUGGGCAAGAACGUACACAGCCUGGCCAUCCUCGGACCUGAAAACCCCAAACUCGCGAAGGACCCGUCUUGGGUCAUCAAAUAGUGUGGGUGAGGCCAGUGGGCCUAGGGGGGUCCC